AUGGCUGAUCCGGUGGCCAGCGUGGAGAAGAUCGUCAAGAUCGGGCUCAGGAUCAAGGAGGCAGUGGACACGGUUCGCCGGAACGAGGAGGUGUGCCGAGAGAUCAGGCAGCGAGUGCUCAGGUUCAGCGCCAUCCUGUCGCAGCUGCAUCGGACGGGGAUGCUGAACGACGACAACCCGGCCAUGAGCGGAGCGCUGGAGGACCUCGAGCAGACGCUUGGGCGCGCCCUCGACCUCGUCGCGGCCUGCCAGGGGAGGGGCCGGAGCGCCGUCCACCGGCUCAUCACGGCGGGGAGCCUCUCCAGGAAGCUGCGCGAGGUCAAGGACGAUAUCUCCAACAAGGUCAUGUUGGCGUCUUUCGCCAUCAACGCCAACACCACCAUCAUGCUGCUGACUCUGCAUUUCGGUGGUGCUUAUCCUCGGCCACAACCACUGGAGGAUGCAGGCGGACUGAUACAGAUAUCCCAUAACAGCGACUCAGCUGAGGAUGCUAGAUCUGAACAGAACGGUGAGGAGAACAACGUCCUAGGAGAAGGUGAGGCCCUGCUUGCUCCCUUAGUGGCAAUAACCUUUAGAGAGUUCAAGUUCUCUGAGUUGACGGCCGCAACCAAUGGAUUUUUAGACAGCAACAUCGUUGGCCGAGGUGGCAUAGCUACUGUCUACAAGGGUGUAUUAAAUGACGGGAGUGUGAUCGCCAUCAAGAAAUUUCGUUGGGCACCUCGCUUAGGUUGGGCUUACACAUACGAGCAACUUCUUCUUGCUUCAAAGCUUCAGCACAAAAAUAUCAUCAAAGUUCUGGGAUAUGCUCAUGAGGUUGGACCUGUUGUGAAGUGGAUGAAAGGCAGAAAGGGCCCAAAAAGAGAAACAGAAUACAUUUGGGUCGAAGAAUAUGCACAAAAGGGAACCUUGCAUGAUAUUAUCCAUUCCCAAGAGCACCGACUUGAUUGGUCCUCCUUGAUCCAGAUAAUUGAGGGGAUAGCUCAGGGCGUAAAUUACCUACAUGAGCAACAUAUUGUCCAUUUGGAUCUGAAACCAACCAACAUUGUCAUGGAUGUCCAUAUGAAUCCUAAGAUUACUGAUUUUGAAGUAGCCAAAGUACUGAGUGCUAAUCAGAUGAGGCGUGAUAUCAUCACAGCCGGAACAUUUCAGUAUAUAGCUCCAGAAUAUCUGACAGAUGGUGUCGUGUCAACGAUGAAUGAUGUGUACGCUUUCGGUAUCACUGUUCUUGAGACCGUCAGUGGUAUCCGCAGACGAAGUAGCCAACCUAGAGAAUUCCAGUUACACCAAUGGGCUUGGAAGGCUCUUGAAGGUCGAAGAAAGGAGUUUGAUCCAUUACUGUUUGGCGAAUCUCAGCUAGUGGAAAUAAAAAGAUGCAUAAAGUUAGGACUGCUGUGCGCUCAGCAUGAGUGGAGAGACCGUCCAACCAUGGCAGAUGUUCUUCUGAUGCUCAAUGGAGAGAAGAGGGUACUGACCCCAAAGAAACCAGCAUACAUCAAAUCGAAUGCCUAG